AAUGCUAGAAGAUACAGACUUUUGACACUAUAGACACCAAAGACUUUUAAAACAGUGAUGUUUAAUUAAUGUAUAUAAUGUCUCAAUAAUUAAUUUCCUCAUUUCAGGAAUAAAUAUAACACUACUGGAUAACUGCAUGAGUCAGACCACAGGAGGAUGUGUGCAGAAUCUUCUUAACCUGAUAGAGAACAUUACAGCUGAUGUGCUUCCUUUGAAAGAUGUGACCAAAAUUUUGGACGUGGCCCUGAACACUUCAGAGAAGAUUGUAGGUUCAUCCAGUAGCCCAGAUGAACUUGUCACUUAUGGAAACCGUGUGUUAAAAGCCAGCGAGAAACUCAUCUCUACACUAGUGAAGCCAACAGACACAAGUGACUCGGUCAGUUUCACUCUUGAUACUGUAGAGGUACAAGUUUUCAUGGUUGGACCACAGGUCUCCUUAAAUCAAAUCCCUCAGCUGGACACGGCAAAUGCUUCUGUGGACAUUGAUCUCAUUGGAAUCGCCAAGAACAACCAUGAAACAAAAUCAGCUGCUGUGGCUUUCAUGAGUUACAACACAAUGGAGAACGUGCUGAGACCUGACUUCUUCAACACAUCAGAUGACACAGUUAAAACCAUGAUGUCCACUGUGAUCUCAGCUACCCUUCCCAAAACUGACAACAGAGCACUCGCCAAACCAGUCAACUUCACACUAAAACACAUCAGAGAGUUUGUCUCUGGAGGUAACCUGUCCUGUGUGUACUGGAAUAUCAGCGAAUGGAUUGUAGAUGGUUGUUCUGUUGUAAAGACCAACAGCAGCCACACUGUGUGUUCCUGUGAUCAUCUGUCAACAUUCGCUCUCAUCAUGCAAACCAGCAGCCCACCAGAGGAUGAUCCACUUAUGGAAAUAUUGAAUUUGGUGGCUGUGAUCGUGGGGCUGGUGUACCUCAGUUUGGCCCUGUUGACUUUUGCUUUUUGUCGGUGGAAUCCUGGAGUGAACAAUGUGGCUCGAAUCAACAUCUGCUUGAGUCUACUGUUGGCUCAUCUUCUGUUCUUACUCACACAACAGUUCCUGAACUACAUACACCCUAAUCAGGUGUUGUGUGCUGUGAUAUCAGGUGUUCUGCACUUCUUCUUUCUCUCCUCCUUUGUGUGGAUGCUCAUUGAAGGUGUGCUGCUUUUCAUCUGUGUGAAGAACCUAUCACAGAUCAGCUCCAAACAGAGGGAGGUGCUUAGCAGCGGAUUCAUGAUUGUUAUUGGAUAUGUGAUUGCUCUGGUUGUGGUGGGCGUGUCUGCUGGGCUGGUUCCUGAAGGCUAUGGCAGUGAAAAAUGUUGGAUAAGAAGGGAAAAUGGCUUUAUCUGGAGUUUUCUGGGACCUGUUUGUUUCAUUCUAGCAAUAAACACGAUUCUCUUCAUCAGCAUUAUUGUCAGUGUGAACUCAACUCUCAAAAGGCUGAACGCCAAAGUCUCACAGAUUAAACAGAUCAAAAUUAUGGUAUUUAAAACAGUGGCUCAGUUUGUGGUACUUGGUUGCCCCUGGAUUCUGGGUUUCUUCACUAAUAGCAGUAAAAUUGUGGAGAUUGUCUUCUUGAGCUUGAACUCUCAGCAAGGAACCUUUAUCUUCCUGAUCCACUGUGUGUUUAAUGAUGAGGUCAGGCAGCAGUAUGUGAAGCUGCUGAGUGCUAUUUUGCCUGGACUGCAACCCAGAACCAUCAAAAAUGCCCCACAAAAUUCAUCAAAAACUUCAGUGUCCAUGUUCAGCGGAUGAGAAGCACUACAGAAGUGCUGUUAAAAAGUGAUUGUCAUUAUUUGUGUAAUGUUUAGUGUGUGUUCAUGUUUUUGAUGUCUUUUAUUUUGAAAGUUAUUUCCUGUUUCAUGUCAUGUGUUCCCUUGUCAUGUGAUUUCAUGUUUUCCCUCCAUGUUCAUGUGUCUUGUUUUCAUUGGUUUAUUGUUUAAUUAUCCUGUUUAGAGUUCUGUUGUUCAUUGGUUUGUUCUCCCAUGUCCAUGUAUUUAAACCCUCAUGUUUUCCAUUGUCAAGUAUUGAGUGUGAAUGUAACUCUGU